AUGGCGCAUGAAAUGGAAAUCAACCUUGUUUUGCAUAAGACUCAGUUGUGCCCAGAAUUUGUCGUACGAUUAGAGCAAUUUCAUAUCGAUACCAUCAAUGUCGGGUCAGGAACAACAUGGGUAAUAUCAACCUCUACCGUAGAUUGUCUCGCAGUGCACGACCAUUUGGGCGAGCUGUUGAAGCUGAUAGAUGAUGCAGCCAUCUACGUUGAUCCCGUUGACAUUCAGCAUGCAUUUUUGCUUACGUUGGAUACAGUGAGUGAUGGCUCCGAAUAUACGGAUAGCUUCAUCCACAUGGCGUACAACUUUUACUACCAUGGAGGCACCACAACGACAAGUACUCCCACCUUUAAUUUACCUCUGGAAUCACGGGGAGGAUCCAAGGCGAUAACUUCUGCACGCCAAAUCACUCUGGAGAUGCUGAUAGCCCAAUUCGUCGAAACCAGCACUUCCAUUAACGGCAUCUUGUAUCUAGUGCGCCCAGAUGAGAGAUGCUACUGCUGCAUUACACGGUUUCCCAAUCAACAAUUCUUUAUCUGCGUACUGGAUCCAGAUGGACAUGUAUCUAUGCCGCCUUUUGACUACGAUAUGCUGCUCGCCUAUCAAAAGAGAAAGACGGGCUAUUUCAUUGAUAAAUGGGGCCAGCAGCUGCUGACCAAGAGGAGGGUUUAUUUGUGCGUGCGUUUUAAUAUAAUACAAUGCCAUUUUACAUAA